AUAGAUAUGAUGAUGUUACUGUUAGUAACCAUGAAAUCGCGUCACGUCACGUGAUAGUAGCAUGAACCAAUGAUUUUUUUAAACAUAAAUAAUUGAUGUCAAAUUCCUGCAGGAAUAAUAUUUAAGGUGAUGGAGUUUACAAGAUGUCCAGUACAAUGUAUAUGCUCGUCAAAUAACACCAACAAGAUCUUCUGGGAACCAGGGAAACACAGAAUCAUACUGAGUGGUGUGCCAUAUUCGGUUUCGCUGGAAUAGACAAACACAGGAGCGGGUUCGUUUGUUCCUUGAACUUUGCGGCGUUAGCGUCAUCAACCAUCUAGGUCAAGGACGUUCGGUUCUUCAUUCGCACAUAGGUUUAGUCAUCUUCGGCCAUCUGGGGAUUUCGCUGACUGUUCAAGUUGACCGAACCAAACGAUGUUAGUGACCAGUGAUAUGGCGUUCUAUGUGUAUCAAGUGAGCUUCAUUUGUGCAUUAAUGUUUGUUUCCGAGAUUUUGCUCUUGAAGAUUGAGGUUCAGGAUCGAAUGACUGUUGAUGGCAGUGUGCGUAUCAAAUGCUAUUCGGGUCAACCUUUUUACUUUAUUUUUACCAAUUAUGAAAAAACAUCAACUGAGAUAGCUAGAUGUAUCCCAGGGGAGAUGCAUUUUGAGUGUAACCUGUUCGAAGAAACGUAUAAGAAAUACUAUUCAACAGAUUAUACUCUAGAGAGUGGAAUCUUGGUAAUUUUAAAAUUGGAGCAAGAUGUUUAUGGUCAAUACAACUGCACAGAUGCGUUCGACCCAACACAAACAGAGGGAGUCAUGAUAACAGACAGGACAAGUAAUGGGAGUCAUGCAUCUAAUAACAGUUUGAUGCUACUCGCUGUUAUCGUCAUCUCUAUGUAUGGCUAAAUGUCAGAGUAAGAUGUUCAGGAAUACUCGACGUCAUGAAUAAUUAUAUGUGAUCAUCUUUCCUGUGGCAUGCAACGGAUUUUAAGAACACGAAUAGCAUAUUUAAACAGUGUUAAGUGAAACAUUGUUCUUGCAACGAAUGUACUUAAGACAUUAUUUAGUGCAGACAUGCGUCGGGUCACGAUAUUUUUCAGAUAAGAGUGAUGAAUUUUGUGUAUGCUAUCUGUUUUGCAGUGUAUAUGACUAUUUGCUUUGUUUGAAUAUGCGUACGAAGUAAGUGGCUAGCUUUGUUUGUUCGUCAUCAGCGCGCUUUGUAUCUGUAACUGGAUUUUAAUUUUGUGUGAUACUGUGCAAUCAGUUUAUUCGUCGACAUGGAAUGUCGCAUUGUUUUUGUCAAGAAUUGCUUGGGAAUAUACAGUUGGAGAUUUGUUAUUAGAAUCGAUAAUAAUGGACUAUACAAGCGUGGUAUUAUUGACAGUUCCAGCUUUCUUAACAUUUGGUCAGUUACCGGAUAUAUAUAUAUACAAUCGCGAUGGCAUACAAUAUUUACUGUGCAAUACUUCUUGGCCUUCGUCUUCAUUUAGCGUGUACAAAAAUGACAAGUACGUCAUGUCGGUCAAAUUUGGCAGCAUGUGUUCAAAAAUUCAUGGCGAGAUAAAAGUUCAUUGUGAAUGCAAAGGCAAUUCCAGUGUCGAAUGUAACAUUACUGAACACAAUUGUAGUACGUGGAUGUGUGACGCGCCGAUGGAUAAUGUGCUGAUAAAGAGUAACGUCAUCAAGUCCUGUCCGAACGCAUCAAUUAAUUCGACUAACCAACUAAGCAACACAUCUGAUUGUGUGGAUUGCUCUGCAGUAACCACGUGUACCGACAGGCUUCAAUGGGUUGUGGGUGGAAUAAAUUUUAGCGACACAAGCAUCCAAGCAAACUAUUUUACACGGGGUAACAUAAGCUUCAUAUCUCACAUAUUUCAACGAGAAAACAACGGCUCAGUUGUUGUUUGUCAGCAUGGAAAUGGAGAAGUAAAUCCUUGGCGAAUUAUGAUAAUAAUUCCUCCAAGCAUUUGCGCAUAUAAUAAUUCAAUCAAAACAAAACAUGAAACCGCGAAUUCAUGUCCACUCCUUAAUGGGAAUCCCAAAGUGAAAAUAAGAACAGGAGAUUGUUCCAAACCAGAAGUUAAUAAAAGCCUUGGAGAUAUGCAUUUUUGUGAAGCGCUCAACAAAACAGGAAACCAAACGUUUGUUGGUAAUGCAAAUGGUCGAUUCGAACUGAUCGUUCUAGAUCCUGCAUCUGUCACUGAAUUUUACUUCGAAGGAAAAGAGAAUCAAGAUAACAUUACAAUCAAUAAAAGAGAAAGUAUCACGCUCAUUUGUAAAGGACAAGGCAACCCUCCUCCUGAUAUGAUGUUAAUACACGAUAAUAGCACGUUGUCGAUCAACACCUCAUCAGUUAAACAUACCCUUCAAUUAACAGAAAGUACAUAUUCAAUGACAUUUACCUGCCGAGCAUCUAAUGGACUCGAUUCUGACUCUAAAUUUAUUUACGCCACCGUGAUCUUAAGCUAUUCGCACUCAGAACGCAAAUUCAUCUUUAUCGUCAUUAUUGGAUUUGUCACAGCCGUCAUAGUUAUUGUACUUGCUGUGUCCAUGAUUCUGAUGAAGAGACAAGGGAUCGUCUUCUGCAAACGAAUAAUAUUUGUUACAGAUGCUGCUGCAGUGAACGAUGAACUACCGGCUGCUGCUGUGAUUGCAUUGGCUGACUUCCCGGAAAACGAAACAACAGAAAACAAAGAUGAUUUAACUUCUGCGUUUGCCAAUGAAACGUAUGCAGGAUGUCUCGACAUGGAAAGAGAAGCCAAUCACAAUCGUACACCUCACAAUGAGCAAGGAUUCAGCCAUAGAUCUAGGCAAGAUCUACAAAAUCCGUUUGAACCGGAAACUAUUAUAGAUGAUCUACUCUAUAGCUACGCUAGAGAUCCUGAAGACCAAAAUAAAGUCACAAAUGCUGCAGAACACAGAACCAAGUGGCUUAAAACAGGAAAUGUUGGCGAAGAUUUUACCUACAGCGUUGUCAAUAAAUCGACACGACCAGACGCCAACAAUUGCUCUGCUGUCCAUCAAAAACAACAGUCAAAGGUCUUAAUUAACAGCGUAUCCAAAAACACAAAAGGUCAUGAUGAUAACACUUACAGAAUUGUCAACAAGCCGAAAAGAGGGAAGGGCAACAUCACAGAUGAAGAAAGAUCAGUGAGUUCAUGGGAGAAGAGUAUGUCAAGAAGAACAGAGUACCAAAACUGCGAGAACCGUUAGAAGACGCAGAUGAUGCCUCGGAGAGAAAACUGGAUGGCGUUUAAAAACGGAUGGUUUGAUUGCGUUUCCUGGUCAGGAUCGUGUACUGUUCGAUUGAACUAUGUAAUUUUACAGUUAUUUGUGAAACCCUGUAUGCAUUGUAUGCAUAUUUAAAACGCAUGUCGAAACUAAUUGUGCUUACUUUGUACAGUAUCUUCGUGUGUACAUAUUAUUUUUUCUCCUUUGUAUAAGAUGAUUUAUUUUUAAGCUUGUCAACAAAUAACACAUUUAAAGUGUAUCAUUUUGUAAGCAGCAAUUGGGAUUGUACAUCAGUUUUUAUUUGUCAUGUGUAUAUAGUAUUUUCACUAUUUCAUUAUGUAGCGUUUAUAAGUACAAUAUUCCAUUUAGAUGUCGUGUACAUAUUUAAAAUUCGUACGGUAAUUUCAUGUUUUAAUAAUUAUAUUUUAUUGCAAAAAAACAACAACAUGUCAGGUGUGUUAUUGUGUAAGCAGCAAUUUUCAUUGUACAUCAGUUAUGUGUAUGCAUACAAAAAUACUCAAUUAAAGCUGGGUUCCCACUGCCGAUCAGAUUAACUCGAUCAAGCCCGACCAAGCGGUCGGGUACUGGUCUGGUUCGGUCGGCAUGAGUGGUCGGGUAGGCCGGAAUCGGUCGGGCUUUCAACCCUAUAUUUUUUGACAUGUCAAAAAAUAUCGAGUAGCGGUCGAGUAGGAAAUGGAUCGAGAAGCGCUCGGGAAGUGGUCGUGUAUUAGUCGAGUAGAAGAUCGUGAAGCAAUCGUGUGGCGAUCUGAUUGACAUCUUUUACACGAUCUGUACCCGAUUCGCUCGACCUCUACCAGAGUUAUUUUAGAUCGCAACACGAUCCUCUAUUCGAUUUGAUGUACAGAUUUACUAGACAGCUACCCAACGGCUACUCGACCGUACACGAUCACUUCCCGAUUGCUAUUCGACCAUACACGAGCUCUGUACCCGAUCCGCUCGACCUCUACCCGAGUUAUUUUAGAUCGCUUUGUACGACUGUAGUACGACCAUUACGAUCUGGUCGUGUGAAGAUCUGGUUGCGAUCGAGCUGAGGUCGAGCUGAGUCCACUAUGUCGAGCUGAGAUCGUAUAGGGCUCGCGUAUAGGUCGAGAUGAUCCAGAGGAAAUCAGAAGGAUGGUUGAGUGGACGUCGUGUGGGGGUCGUGUGUUAUCGACAAGAGGUCGAGAAGAAGUCGUGUAUACCCUUUUUAGUCGAGCUUGGUCGGGUUUGGUCGGGAAAUUUCGGUGAUCGAGUUGAUCGGAUCGGCUGUGGAAACCCACCUUUAAAUACGUAGCGUGCAAGCUGAUCGACCUUUAGAUAGUAAAGUAAUGUGCAUUGUAUGGGACAUUUUGAAUGACCAUAACAUUAGUAGAAACGUGUGUAUAAAUAUUUUUUUUGACUUGUAAUUUAAUUUAAAAAAAGUCUGAAAUAUAACCCUGUACAAUUUCUUAAUGUAAAAACCUAAUCGUCCUCAACUUGCAUGGAAAUAUUGCAAAUAUGAGUAACUAAAUUUCUUAAAGUUUAGUACUUAAUCACAUUAAGCCUUAUCUGUGGAAUCAAAACGUUCUCAGAAGCAACACCAGUUUUUACACCAUGUUUGAGUUAUAAUAAUAUGUGAUAAUUAUAAGUUUUAUUUCGUAUAAUAAUAUAUCUCAGACGUGACAAGCGUGACUUCCGUGCUGAAGAACACGUUCGAGAGUCGUUUUAGAAAAUCGAAAGAAAUGUUUCCAGUGUGUUUAGUUUAGUAGGCCGACGAUUAUUCUGUUAAUUCUAAUAACAAUUAUUUUCUCAAAGCAUUCGUGCAACAAUUUAUCAGAGGGAUUUAAUUGGAACAGCUAACACGGACAUAUAAUUGAUGUUUAAAGGCGUAAUUCUACUCAUUGUAGGUUUAAUUUUUUCGAAACCGCAUUCAUUUUAUUACGUUUUUUUUAAAGAAUUGUUCUUGAAAAUAUGUGCGCAAAAAUGAUAAAUUAUAGCAACCCUUAACAUAUUAUCGACGUUGUGACGAACUUAUAUAUGCAUGCGUUGAUGACCACAAAAGCAUCAAACAAUAAACAAUAUCUGAUUGUGCGGUUGUGACCUUACCGAUUGUGCGGUUGAGACCUUUCCGCAAUCACUAUUGUCAAAAGAUGUCAGUAUUUCCACAGAAAAUUGAACUUUCGGAAGGAACGUCAUAGGGCACACAUCCGCUCAUUCUACAUAAAAACGAAACGAUGUUAUAUUUAGUAUCCUGUCGAAGUUUUAUACAAGGGGAUUAAUACGAUAUUUGUUAGACCACACAUGUCGGUUAUAAUAAAAAUAAACGAUUAAACAUAAAACUAUAUAAUAAAUAAUGUACAUAUACACCUAUUUAACUUUUAGAAACGUACAAAAACAUUUGGCUAAUGAAAAGUAAUAUAAAACCUUUUCCCUGUAAACACCGGAAACACUUAAUUGAUGUACCGUGAAAAUAUCAUAACAGAGCUAGUAACAAUACAUUUGAUAUCAAGAAAAUGCUUCAUAUAUACUGCUACUCUUGUCAAACAUGAUAGCAAGAGUAUACCCAUUUUAUAUCAAUACGAAAAACAUUUAAAAAUAACAUUAACAAUUUUCAUUAUUAUAAAGCACAUUAGGAGUGUAAAAUAAAGAUCUUAAUAUUACUCAGAAGACCCUUUAACAUAUUACUAACAAAUUGAUAGUUUUCAUGUAGCUUGGAAUGUACAAUACGUGUCAUAAUUACUAUAAUGUUAUUCCUUAAAUUGCAUGUUUUCUUUGAUUUGCUACUUUAGCACACACCAAUUAAUCAGACAUAAUUUAAGCAUCCCACAUCCUUAAAUUUGAAACCAAUAUAUACCAAUAUUUUGUUCAAAUGUGUUGCAUGUUAAA